AUGUGUGGGACUGUUGCUGGAAGGAAAUUCGCAGAGGAUAUUUCGUAUAGACUGCAACAACAUCGUACCAAUUCAGGUCCACCUGUGUCCGACGAUACUCUGAGAAAGUACGCUUUGAUCGAAAUAGAAAACAAAUUACAAAGCAAUAGCAAAAGCUUGAGUAACUUUCCCCCAAUGCCGAUUCCGAUUGGGUCGAUGACGGACGCCACGACUUUUAUAUGGAAAACCUUAUCGGCUGCUAUCCGUUUAAAAGGCGAAAUAGUUAUAAAUGUUGCUUCCAGUGGUAUUGCUCCGCUUCUACUUCCCGGUGGCAGAACUGCUCAUUCGAGAUUUGUACUGCCAAUAAUUGUACAUGAGAGCUCCACAUGCAGCAUCAAACAACAUAGUCCACAUGCAGAAUUGUUGUCUAAAGCAAAGCUAAUCACAUGGGGCAAGGCACCGAUGAUGCACAGGUACUGUCUCGAAGCACUUGACAAAACAAUGAAAUCUAUACUUGAUUUAGAUAUGCCAUUCGGAGGAAAGGUUGUAGUUCUUGGAGGGGACUUUAGACAAAUUCCUCCAGUUGUGUGGAAUGCGUCAAGACAAGAAAUUGUUCAUGCUACAAUUAAUUCAUCACCGUUGUGGAGACAAUGUAACGUUAUGAAGUUGAACAAGAACAUGAGACUUCAGUCGUCCUCCUCUUCCGCCAAUGUAGAUGCAAUAACAAAAUUUGCGGACUGGAUAUUGAGAAUGGGCAAUGGCGAUGCUGGCGAGGUAGAUGACGGUGAUGCCACAAUUGAAAUUCCCGAUGACAUGUUGAUUCGUGAUUCUGCAGAUCCCUUUUUUGGAUCUUAUCGAGUUUGUUUAUCCCGAUCUAGUACCAACCUUUUCACUCCCGAGUAUUUGGAGGGCAGAGCAAUUGUUGCACCCACUAAUGAAAGUAUCGGUUUUGUGAACCAUCACUUUUUGUCGAUCAUAACUGGAGAGGAGAAGGUCUUUUUCAGCUCCGAUAGUAUGAGCAAGGAGGAGUUAUUAUCAGAUAUCAACGCAGAAAUAUACUUCCCAAAGUUUCUCAACACCAUAUCAUGCUCCGGAAUUCCACCGCAUAAGUUGACAUUGAAAAGAGGUGUUCCCGUUAUGCUCAUCAGAAAUAUUGAUGAAGUCAAAGGGUUGUGCAAUGGAACAAGGCUUCAAGUUAUUAAUAUGGGAAAACACGUUCUAAACUGCAGGAUCCUCUUCGGUAAAUAUGUUGGUGAUAUGGUGUUCAUUCCUAGAAUGAGUUUGGUACCGUCCAACUCUGCAUUGCCUAUUAAAUUCCAGCAACGUUAG